AAAGGAAAAUAACAACUUGGUUUUGAUGUCAUAAAUUUUUUGUUGGGAGGAGUUCUAAGAAAUAGAAUGAAGCAUUGAAAUUCAGCACCAGCUAGUACCAACACCGUCACAAUCAAUUAUCAAUAAUUUUCAGGUUUCAGCUUCGAUCUUGUAAUUGAAUCUGUCAUGAAACCCUUCAUUUCAUUGUUGUCACCGCCAUUUUUGUAAUUGUAUUAGUUUUCAGCUAUAGGUCUUGAUUAUCAGGUAAAUCUGCCAAAUGGUCAUAACCCUUCAUACCCUUUUAUCAAUUUUGUGUAUACUCAUUCAUCAGUGUAUGUAAAUGUUAUUUCUUUAUCAGAUUUCACUGUAAAUUGUUGUAUUGUGUCUGUACCAUCAACAUAUACAAAAGGGCUAGCUAGGUUUUUUUUAGCCUUAUUUAUUUUUGUGAUCAAAUUCAAAAAAUUUAAAGCAUAGAAACAGAGAGUCAGACGUUCAUGGCAAAUGGGUCUUUCCUUGAUCGUCUAGAAGCUGAAUUUCAUGGAAACGGCGGUUGUAUUGUUGAGUAUCGGGCUGAUCGUGACAAAGCUAAACAGAAAUCUUUGUUUUGUCAAAUUUUUUCGGUUUACCUAAAGGAGAAUUGUAGUAGAGGCAUUGUGAGGCCAAUGCCGGUGAUGCUCGGUGAUGGUCCGUUGCUUGAUUUAUAUCAACUGUUCUUCCUUGUGAAGGAAAAAGGUGGGUAUGAUGCGGUAUCGAGAAAAGGGCUGUGGGAUUCUGUGAUAAUUGAAAUGGGUUUUAACCUUCAUGUUUUGGCAUCCGUGAAAUUAGUUUAUGAAAAAUAUCUGAGUGAUUUUGAAGGUUGGCUCAGCAAAACAUUUGAAGAGAGGAGUUUAAAAAAUGGGAAUCAUGGGUAUUUGAAUUCAUUGCCGAUAGAUCUAGAAAAAGAAUUUCGAAGCCUUUUAUGCUCAAAUCUAAAGGACAACGAUGAUGAUUUUGUCCCAUUAGAAUCGAGUAACAUCAUAAAGCGCAUUGAAUUUGUUAACCACAAGAGUGAUGGUUAUUUAUUGGACACUAAUUACCAAAAUAACAAAUGGGAGGGUGUCCAAAAUGUUGACGGUGAUGAUAUUGAUGAUGACGAAAAAUUCGGCAAUGGUGUUGAGGAUUAUCUAGCUGCGUCUUGUGUGGAAAUCUCUGAGAAGGAAUUUAAUUCUCGCAAACGUAAACGGGAAUCGUUAUCAGGAAUGGUAAACUGGACACGGCAUAUCGCAAAACAUCCGCUUGAUCCUGUAGCUCCACCAUUACCAGAACCAUCAAGGUGGAAGCAGUAUAAAGGAGGCCAGGACUUUUUUGUUCAGUUGCUGAGGGCAAGGGAUGUUCUGUCUGUGAGAAAGCAGGCUGAACCAAACGGUGGAUCAUCUUCCCAGAAGGUGAAGAUGCAUCCUGCCAUGUAUGAGGAUCAAGUUGCUCUUGGUCACCAAGGUACAGUGAAAUUGAGAUAUAGUGAAAGGCUUCCUGUCUCUGUUAAAUCUCGCUGCCUUUGCUGCAAUUCAUGUUCUGGUAAGGGAAAUAAAUUGCACGGAUCAGUCAAUAUGGAGUCAGAAAUAUGUCCUCUGGAGAAAACAACUGCCAAACCAGACGUCGUCACUGAAAAGAAAAAAUCUACUGCCAAACCAGAUGCAACUGAGAAGAGAAAAUCAACUGCCAACCCAGAUGUUACUGAAAAGAGAAAAUCUGAGCCAUCUAUGGAUGAUGAUUUUCGUGAAAAGCUUGUUUCCGUAGGUCACCUGUUCCAAGCGGAAGUUCCGGAGUGGACUGGUAUAGUUUCUGAGAGUGACUCUAAAUGGUCAGGCACACAAGUAUGGCCUGUUAAAGAUGAUUCAAAACCUACUACCGAAACAGAUCUUGUUGGGAGAGGAAGACGAGGAAGGUGUAGCUGCAACGUUCAAGGUUCUGUUGACUGUGUCAGAUUCCAUAUUGCUGAGAACAGGAUGAAGCUGAAGCUUGAAUUGCAUUCCGUGUUUUAUCAUUGGGGAUUUGAUAAAAUGGGUGAGGAAGUUUCACUUCGAUGGACAGCUGAUGAAGAAAAGAGAUUUAAGGAUGCAAUGAGGUUAAAAUUCCCCUCCCAAAACAAGUCUUUUUGGAACAAUCCUUCCAGAUACUUUCGAAACAAGACAAGAAAAGACAUGGUGAGCUAUUACUUCAAUGUAUAUCUUAUUCAACUAAGAAGUUAUCAGAAUCGAGUGACCCCGAAGACUGUUGACAGCGACGAUGACGAAGUUGAAUUUGGAUCUUUUGGUGAUGGUUUUGGGAGGGAAGCUAUGAAGCAUCCAUAUAUGGAUUACUUGGAGUGUUCAGAGAACAAGCAAUGCUUUGACUUUGAGUAGACAAAGAAGUGCGAUAAGCCAUUUUGAGGUUUGAGAAAAUAUCUUCUUGGAUCAGACUUUUAUACGAUUCUCUUUCUACUUUCUCCUUACGCAGGAGUGCAUCCCUUUCACUAGGAAAUUUUGGUGUAAUAUAGAUGGAGAUAGAAGAAAGAACCAGCUAGAAGAGGAGUGGUUGUUGCGUUGGAACUUGGAAAGCCACUAUGGACAUGUUCUAAAUCUUGACUAGAACUUGUAGAAGCUGCUGUUAAUUUUGUUUGACAUGAUUAUGUUGUAAAAUGGCAGUGUAUUGGGUGCUCCUUGAAGGGUGCACAGUUAGUGCUGCAAGACUCCCUCCUCCCCCCCCCCCCCCCCUCCUGAAACUUUUUUCCCUUUUGGUUUUCAUUAGUGCUGUAAAACUCGUUUUUUCCUUCACCUUUUGGACAUCAUUUGUGCUGUAAAACUAUCGUUCCGUCGGAAUACUUUCAAGUUUAUGGUUUUAGUUGGUAAUUUGUAAAUUAAAUUUA